AAAAUAUAAAACCGAUGUGUGAAACCCUCAAAAGUUUUAAUUUCCAUAAUUUUUGUAGUAGGUGAUUUUACUCAAAAAUAUAAAAAUGAUUCUGUUUUGUCUAUGUUACGCGUGGGCCAGAGAGACUUGAUCUAGCAGCCCAUAAAUUAAUACAUAUUUCAUGGAACUCAAUUGGCAUUAGAAUUUAGAUUUUUCAUAAAAUAAAUAAUAAUCAAUAUUAAUAUGUUAUUCUUAUAGAUGUACGGUAAUAUUACCAUUUAUGGUACGGGUGGUGGUGGCAGACGCGGGCGAGGUGGCAGACGAGGGCGAGGUGGCGACCGCGGGCGUGGUAGUGACCGCGGGCGGGGAGGACCGCCACCAAAAAAGUUUAGCGGGAAAUGUGACCUGUGCCGAACAAAAGGCCACAAAAUCAUAGAAUGCCCAAAAUUUAUCUCCAUAAUGGCGAUUGCUGAAGCGGCCACUUCUCGGCCAGAUGGCCCGGAUGCGGUUAGUGGCGAGUCCGGGACCGGGGCCGGUGGCUGUGGUGAGUCGGUGGUCGGUGGCGGUGGCGAGUCGGCGGUCGGUGGCGGUGACGGUGGCGAGUCGGUGGUCGGUGGCGGUGGCGGGUCGGUGGUCGGCGGCGGGUCGGUGUCCGACGACUGACGAGUCCAUGAAUGGGACAAAUAAAAUUAUUUAUUUUUGUAAUAUAAACUCUUUAAAAAAAAACAUUUUCUAUUGUUUUUAUUUAUUUUCGUACAAAACCCAUUUCCUUAGUUAUUAGAGCUUACCUAAAACAAAAAAUGAGUAAAAAUUUU